AUGGAGGGAGUGCAUCCUCGUGAGGAGAAGCAGACUGAAACUGCUUGCUGUGCAUCCCAAUGUCCCAAAGAUGAAGAGGAGAGGCAGGCACAAGGGGCUAUGUUAUGGUCUAUCCAGGAGGCAGUGGAGAGGCAGACCAUGCAGAUAGGAGCGUCCGCCUGUGGGGCAACGGCCGUAGUGGACGUCCUACAGGCCCUCGGCAUCGUCGUGGCACCCGAGAAGGCUGACCGGCGCCACACACUCACAGCUGAUAGCUGGGGCGGAGCAGGCCAGUGGUGGGCGCGUGCUGGGUUGCCACUUCCCCCUCCACCUCGCCGGCGGGUGAGGCUGGUACCCUGGCUGGCACGGUGGAUCCAGAGAGGGGCAGUGCCCGUGGCCACCAUGAACAUGCAACUGGCAGUGCCCGAGGGAGAGGAGGUUCCCGACGCAUGGCACCACCAACUCAUCUUUGGGGUCGGACCCAACACUGUCUAUAUGACCAACCCCCUGGAUGUGGUGAGUGAGCAGGAGGUGCAUCAGCGACUCUGCAGUGAAUCUGUGUUGCUGAUACGUCGAGAGGAUGUGCUGCUGAGAUUGACAGCUGACGCCCCUCUGUCUAGCCUAUCAGACGACCAGUCUGACCCACGCUGGAAAGCCCUGGAUGUGGAGGGUCAAGUGAGGCAGAUGAUUCGUGAGGAAGACCAUGAUGAUGAAGAUCAGUUUAGGAUGAGCCACGUCGUGAUCCCCGCAGCGUACAGUUCAGGUGUGACGUUCUUCGCCCUCAGAGACUCAGACCUAGGGCAGGAGCUUCUCCACACCCCUGAACUCCCUUUGCUUUGAUAUGGCUAGACAGUGGACACAUCAUUAUCAAAAAUCUUGCUGUGAUUGGACAAUACAUCUUUGACCUUCCCACUUUUGUUGCAUGUAUUCGGUGAGGGGAAACAUUCAGAAAUGUCAUUAAUAGGGCUGACAUGGUUCCUUGUUCUACAGGUAAGAGAUGCUUGUCUGUUCUACAUAAUAUAUUUCUAUCAGAACAUCCCACAGCGUUGUACCCUGCUGAACUUGUCCCAGGUGUAUUCAGUGAGGUGAAACGCUGAAAACCAGCUAGAAACGAUAGAAUUGAUAGAGCUGACUCAAUUCCCUAUUCAGACACAACUCAUAACAGUGAUACU